UCUUCACACAACAUCAGCACGAAAUUUCAGCGGUGGCAGACACGGAGAAAUUUGGGCUCCUGUUUUAAAGCUUCGGCCACAAUGAGGAUAAUUAUCCUAGCAGGCGGCUACGGAACCCGUCUCCAGCGGGACCUGCGGGACCACGAUCCCCAGGAUGCGGACAGCUACAGACACCUUCUGGGCAUGCCCAAAGCGCUGCUUCCCAUUGGUCACCAGCCACUGAUAUCUCAUUGGUUCGAGGCAUUUUGGGCCUGCAGAACCCAAAUCACCGAGAUAUAUGUUGUGUGUAAUGACUUUUACUCCAAGAAAUUCGAGGAUUGGAACAAAGACUGGGAGAAUGCUAUUCUUUGCAACGAUGGAACACGCACAAAUGAGACCAGACUCGGAGCUGUGGCCUGCAUGAACUUGCCCAUGGAAGGCCUUGGAUUUGACGACGUGACUAUCAUAGGCGGAGAUACACUAUUCUAUGACGACUUUGAUUUGGCGGCAGUCUGGGCCGAAUUCAGACGACGCCAACAGCAGAAUGCGGACGCUAGUCUGGUGCUGGCCUGCCCGUGUUCAGAUGCAGACACAUUCAAAGUGGGCAUUCUUGAGACUGACGAGGACAAAAGAGUCACUGCUUUCUUGGAAAAACCAGGACCUGAUCAAACUACCUCAAGAAAGUCGUGCCCCUGCUUCUAUGUCCUAUCCAAAGCAACUCUUCCACUCAUCAAACAGUUCUUGGAGGAAAGAAAGAAUGGACCACUUGAAAAGAGAGAUGCGACUGGACAUUUUAUUCGGUAUCUGUAUCCAAGAUUGCCAGUGUACACCUACGACAUAUCAGCAAGGUUCGAUGUUGGCGCUCUGCCGACCUACAAAACCUGCCACCAGUACUUUCUUCAUGAGCACAAAUCCAACAUAAACGAAGUCAGACGCGAGUACCUUGAGUGUUUUGGACAAGGAGACGCGAAACAACCACAAAAGUUACCAGCUACUUUCCUCCCCGGUUUCCAUGACAAAGCAGCAGUGGAACGCAUGCGGUACAACAAAUUGGGAAAAACGGGCCUUGAGGUUUCCGUCAUCGGUCUAGGCGGGGCCCCCUUUGGGAGCGUCUUCAAUCCGAUGACACUUGAGACGGGGACCAAGAUUGUCCGCAAGGCACUGCAGAGUGGCAUCAACUACAUCGACACGGCUCCGUACUAUGGCGAUCGCAAGUCGGAAACCAUGCUGGGCAAGAUCCUGAAAGGUAAUCCGCGCGAGUCUUACUACAUAGCCACCAAGGUGGGCCGAUACAAGCCAAACGUGGAGGACAUGUUUGACUUCUCGGCCGAAAAGACGCUGAGUAGUGUGGAUGAAAGCCUGCGAUUGCUGGGCCUGGACUACGUGGAUAUAAUACAGGUGCAUGAUAUGGAGUUUGCUCCCAACCUAGACGUCGUUCUUAAUGAGUGCCUUCCAGCCCUGGAGCGUGUCAGGCAAGCAGGCAAGGCCAGGUUCAUCGGCAUCACUGCCUUCCCCCUCGACAUAUACAGGAAGGUCUUGGAGCAGAGCACUGUGAAGAUUGACGUGGUUCUCAGUUACUGCCAUCUCACCAUGCUGGACGUGUCAAUGCUCAGCCUGAUCCCAUACUUCACGGACAAAGGUCUAGGCAUCAUAAAUGCCGCCCCAACCGGCAUGGGCCUACUGACCCACCGUGGCCCCCCGCCAUGGCACCCCGCCACGGCCGACAUCAAGGAAGCCUGUCGCAAUGCUGCCCUCUACUGUCAAUCCAAGAACGUUGACAUCUCCAAGCUGGCCGUGUUUUACUCCAUACUCCAGAAUGCCCCGGACGUGCACCUGAUCGGCAUGGAAACGGAAGAGGUCGUCGAGAGCAACGUGGAGAUUGCGACUGGGUCCUUGACACGUGUGGAGCAAGAAACCCUGGAAUAUGUGAUUGAAAGGUUUCUAAGACCCGUGAGGAACAGGAGUUGGGAAGGAGUUGAAGUCAGCAACUACUGGGCUAAGCUGAGAGGUUUGCAGGAGGCAAGUUAACUCCCUGCCGAUGCCUUAAAUUUGAUAUUCCUAGCCAGAAUACCUGAGUUCAGGUUCAGAACUAAUCAUUUUUUGAAGUAAUUUUACCAUUUUUGAGGGAUGAUAUCCACGUCGAUCAUUAGCCAGUUCACGUCAGAUGACGUGCAUACACGCAAAGAUUUUGCGGUAUUUGGAACGGAUGACGGAUAAACACGCAACGAGCGAGGCCGGAAGUAUCUGUCUGCGACCCGCUUGCAGCGAGCGAGGCCGGAAAUAUCGGGGUGUGCUACCCGCAGAUGACGGCCUGAACCCAUCUGGCAUCGAGGUUCGUGAAAAACAUCCCCCGCCUGGGUCUGUUCAAUGUCAAAAUAUUCCUAGCGCGAACUAGUUAAAAGCAGUUGCAGUUUGUUUAAAUAUUUGGAAAGUCAGAUAAUUUUUUCAAAAUUCACAUUCCGAUUUGAGGAGAUUCUGUCAUAUUUUAUAGUUAAUGUGGUGGGUUUGAUUGGGUUACUGCAGAAUAUGAGCCACUUUGAAGUUUUUCACAAUUUAAAAUCAUGGGAAUUAUCACAGUAUCCCUUUCAGGUUACAUGUCACAGUUUGAACUGUCCCCCUGGAAAAGGAAGAGCUGUUGUCUCUAGUUGGCCAAUCAGAAUCCGAAUCAGAGUAGACACAGCCAAUCACAUUUGUUUCAGUGUGCUUGCUCUUCUAAUGCCAGUUGGGGUAAAAACAAAUUGGCCAUUCACAGCAAUGCCACUUUGCUAAUACCACUUCAGUUUAUUAGAUUGGCCAACCAUUAGAUCACGUAAUCUUGGAAUAAAGAAAUUUGAUGGAAGAACCUAAAGUACCUCAUUUUUACUUGAAAAUCUGUGUUUUAUUAUUAUUUUCCACUAUAUCUUUAUUCAGCCAAUAUUUACGUCUUCCAACAAUAAGGUGCAAAAAUAUACAAACCUACCUAAGUUGUAGUGAACUAUUUAUACAGUUUUGCAUAAGAAGUGAAACUUUCAACAAAGUUUAAUUGUACAUAAAAAUAUCAUAAUUGCAUGGUUUUUUUUUAUAUCUUGCCACAACUCACGAAAAGAAAAUGUAAUUGUUUUCUCGUAUCCAGUAUUUUAAGAAACUAUUAAUUUUUCAUGUAAUUUGUUUUAGGUUUUCCAUAUUCUACAUGUGAUUAAAAAAAAAGUCAUAUUUUUGUAUUCAAUUGUGAAGGUAAUUUGUCAGGUGAGAUAAAUUCCACUUUUUAAAUAAAGAAAUCUUACUUCCUAGCUUAUCAACUUUUUUUGCAUUAAAAGUGGGAAAUGUUGGCAAAUCAAGCUUUUUGAUGUAUAAAUUCUU